AGCGAUUCGUUCAGUUCUGGUGCGGCCUCCAGUGGAGGCGCCUGUCCGAAAAUUUAAUUUAGUACUUUUUUUUUGUUGAAUUGUUUGAAGGUUCACCCACGACGCAACGAACGGGGUUUUACAUAAGGACGAGGAGUGGUGUAGAAGGAUCGUGCAAGAGGGAGCGUGUAGAAAAGUCGUAAAUUUUACGACCUCCAGGAUCUCUGGAUCUCGCAUCUGUGGCGCGUCCACAGAAUAAAAGAUUAUGCGAGAAACUAUUUUUAGUUCAGUUUGAAGUGAGUAGCGGAGCAGGGUCGACAUGAUUCCCGCGGAAGUUCUAGCGAGCGAUCCGGCCAUUCUGGAGAAGGCCAAGGAGUUGAGUGUGCGCCGGAUUUGUCGGUUAUGUUUGAGCGAAGAGGACGCUUUGGUGGACAUGGAUGUGGUGUGGAAGAUGAAGAUCCUGAGUUGUAUCCCGUUGGUGACGAUCGGCAGUGAUAAACUGCCCAAGUUCAUAUGUGAACCCUGUGGAAAGUUCGUGAAGAGGUGCUUCGAGUUUAGGCAGUUGUGCAAGAAGGCGGAACAGUUGUUGGUUUCGUACCCGUUGACCGGAGGUUGGUCCGGGGAACUUGUGAUUCCGCGGUGGCUGCACGACAAAGAUCAUUUCGAGCAGGUUCAAGUUAGCAAGAAACGGAAAGCUGUUGAGGAGCUGGUAGUACCGCAGGUUGGUAGUGUUCGAGUGAGAUCCCACGAAUCGAUGUCGCUGCAAUCUCCUACGAUUACUCCCGGAACGGUAGAGCAAACUAUGCAGGAGAUGAUGGUUGACUUACCGUCCCGCCAAGAAGUGAUUGAUUCGUUUCCAUCAGUUACGCCAACCGCAACUUACGCAAUCCCAGUUAUUCAGAGUCAACCAGUGAGUCCUCAAUACCCGUCAAGUAUGCUACCCUACAAUUCGCCAUCCCAGUUCAGCCAUCGCGCCCAAAACAUCACGCCAGUUAAUCAACCACCCCAAAAGAUCCAGCGAACCAACAGUAUUCAAAACGUGCCUCAACUACUCCUUCAUCCCGGUUACACAAUGCAACAGCACAAACCGCAGCUGCUGAACCAACCUCAAAUUCAAUCCUGCAACACUAACUUGAACAACAUGAACAAUAUGCUGGCGCAGUUGUCCAGCUAUCCACAACCUGUAGUUCAGCAACAACAACACCAGGCACAAUUGUCCUACUCCGAAUUGGUAAAUCAGCUUCAAAGACCUCCACUUUACCACCAAAGCCAACAACUUCUGUCAACAUCUAUGAACCAUCAACAACAACCGUCGAUUACCAUGACUCUAACCAGAAGUCAGAAUUUCAAUCAACAAUCGAUUCCCAUGACGCCUACUAGAUGUCAAGUUCCACCAGAGUCGCUUUCCAUAACUCCAGUCAGAAGACAAAUCACGCCAGCAAUCCAUCAACAACCAUCGCUUCCCAUGGUACCUUCCAUGAGCCUGAACUACCAUCAACCUUCAGCGCCCAUGACACCGUCCAGAAAUUCUAACCUCUAUCAAAACCAACAACAACAAAAUCCCUCACCAAAUCAACAACCCCAACAACCACAACAGCCGCCCAACAAUCCGGUCAAUCUCUGGUGUCACUACGAGGCCGCUUGGUAACCUUACCGGCGGGCUGCCCGGCCGCCUCAGGACCUGCCGGUUUUGUACCGCCCCAAAGUU